GCAGAAACGUGAAGUUUAGUUGCAGGGUCUAUACAAGUUGUGGAUCUCGGGUGGUAUUCGCUUCGCUUACCCUUCAGGGGCUUGUUUGAAGGCCAAGAUCACCUAAACGAGAUACCUCCUUCACCAUUCACUGUACUUAUUGACCUCACCAAAGCAUAUAGCUAUAGCUAUAAUGACCUCCAUAUCAAAAAACCCCUUGUAUUGCCAUUCUACAUUGGGUCCAUGCUACCGAUCACAUUCAUCACCCUUACCCCUUACCCCUCACCCCCGUUCUCCAUCAAAACAACCCCCAAAGCCUCCCUCCCUCUCAAACAAAACACCUCAUCACCAUCCAAACAUUCUAAAUCCCACCCUACCUACCAACCCGACACCUCCAUCCCACCCUAGCCCUCCAUACCUAAUCUUUCAUCCCCCCAACCCACCCCCAGGCAUUCAAAAACAAGGUGAAGGAGGUGGAUACCUCCAACCCCCACCCUCGCAAUAUAAAAUUCAAUCAAAACCUGUUCCCGAAGUACCUCGAAAGAGAGACACAGGCAAAGGGUCACCACGUGCGGAAAAACUUUUGAUCCCGGUGCUAGCAGCCUCCCGCAUUUUAUCGGGCCUGGAUUCCCCAGGGCAAACAAAGGCUUCCUUCCCGGUUAAAGGGGCGGAGGGGAAAAGGAUGCUUGGAAAAGGGCCGAUGCAACGGGCUCGCCGAGGUAUGGUGCAGACCCGGUGACGGCUUACCAAGCAUUGAGGAUGUAAACAAGACGAAGUCACAUGGUCGUGUAUGAGAGCUGGCGUUGUCUAUUCGAAUCGUCACGAGAUAACAUGGCGACGGUGUGUGUUUCGUUCAAGAGUCUCUUCCCCUCGAGUCUCUAUUCUUCAAACGCUAUCCUAGCUGAUUCCCCAGGUUUUUCCCACUAUCUACAAAACCCCUUUUACACCUCCCUACACCCCGCAAAUAAAGCCUCCCGC